UUUGAUUGUCAGACAUGUGAGUGAUGUUUUGAUUAUCACAUGUAAAUUUUCUUUAAAGUAUGGACGGAAUAGUCGAUGAUAUUGCGGACAGCGGUGGAAUAGAAGUGAUUAUUCAAAAUGAGCCGGGCAAAACAGCGCCAUGUUGUCCACAUGGACCAGCUCUGUUAUUUGAGAAAACAGGUAAUGGAGAAGAGAAAGGAAGGAGAUUCUACGCGUGUUCUGCUUGUCGUGACAGAAAAGACUGCAAUUUCUUCCAGUGGGAAGACGAGAAGAUAUCAGAGGCAAGGAUGCUUGCCAGAGAAGAGCAGAUCCGCUCCAAGAUGCCUUCUUUUACUCACCAUGAAUACUGCUCAAGAUUUCGAGAGAUUGUUGCUCUGCCACUGGAGCAGAGAAGAUUCUGUGUGGAUUGUCAGCUGUUGAUGCUUCCCGGUGAAUGGGAGAAUCACAAAAACCACAGAGCACUUUCUGAGGACAUCACAGUGCAGCGGCUGAAAAGGCCCAGUCUCUUACUGCGUCCUCUGGAGAACAAGAAGAGCAAUGCACAAUACUUGUUUGCAGAUCGGAGCUGUCAUUUCCUACUGGAUAUGCUGGCGGAGUUGGGCUUCCAGAAAAUUCUCUGUGUGGGAACACCACGAUUACAUGAGUUAAUAAAGUUGAGGAACAUGGAGGGCAAGAGUCAUACCAUGAAGAGUUUAUUGCUGGAUAUUGAUUACAGAUACUGCCAGUUUUAUGGGCAAGAUGAGUUCUGCCACUAUAAUAUGUUCAACCAUCACUUCUUUAACAAGACCACUGUUGUGCAGGAAGCGGUUACGUUUUUUGAAGAGUUUCUGUCUGAAGAGGGCGGAGACAAAGUUGUCAUGGUAACAGACCCUCCAUUUGGAGGCCUAGUGAAGCCAUUGGCCAAUAGUUUCAUUCGGAUAUCAAUGACUUGGAAAAAAAGUCUAAAUAAAGAGAGCGGUGCGGGUGAGCUGCCAAUGAUCUGGAUAUUCCCAUACUUCUUUGAAUCACGUAUCCUUGAGUGCUUUCCCUCAUUCUGUAUGCUGGACUACCAGGUCGAUUAUGAUAACCACCCUCUAUAUAAACAUGGAAAGACCGGCCGUAAACAGUCACCUGUUCGACUUUUUACCAAUCUGAGUCCCAAAGAUAUCAUUCUACCAGUGGAUGAGGGCUAUAGAUUUUGCAGUGUUUGUGAAAGGUAUGUCUCUGUAGGAAACAAGCACUGCCCAAAGUGUAAGACAUGCCCAUCAAAGGAUGGACGAGAAUGGAGACACUGUGAUGAAUGCGGACGGUGUGUUAAGCCUUCGUGGCGACAUUGUUCCUCAUGUGGUCACUGUGCUCUCCCUGAUCACCCUUGUGGCCGGAGCAAAACCGGCUGUUUCAACUGUGGCAGCCAAAAACACAAAUUUAGAGCCUGCCCUAAAAAACACAAUAAGCAAAUGCAUGUGGAAGUUGGCCGUGGAGCUUCAUGCGUGUUAAAACAUGCUGCUAAGAAACCCACUGCUAAAAACAAGAAGAAGAAAAGAGUUAGAUGAUGUGUCUCACACACAGACAGAUCAUGUGCAUCAUGGAAAUUUUGGUUUUGAGGCUGCUAAAUAUUGCAUCACACAAUCACGAAAGUGUGAGGUGUAGAUGCUAUACAGUACAUACCUGAAAGUUAUUUUAUACAGACGGUACAUGCAGUCUCUGCAUUUAUUUUACAAGCAUGUAGUCUGUGAUAAGGCGUAGUACCAUAUUGAAAAUCAACAAGUUUAUGACACUAGGCACCUUCUCAGGGCAGUUGUGUGAAAAUAACCAACAGUGUCUGGUAUAACCAUUCAAAGAGGGGUUGUUCGUGUUGGAUCAAGCAGUGCAUAAAACCUUUAAAUGCAUUCACUGUAACCAAUACUAUUAGAAUGGAUCUCAUAUUAAAGGGACACUGCAAUU